AUGAAUUCGGCGGAGGCGGACGCGGGCCCGGACCCCGCCGCGGCAGGGUCAGACAAAAAGGACACAGUUCGGGCGGUGGAUGUCCUCACGGUGCUCAGAGAGAAAGUGGCCUUCGUCUCAGGUGGGCGGGACAAACGCGGAGGGCCGAUUCUGACUUUUCCUGCCAGAACCAAUCACGACAGAAUAAAACAGGAAGACCUCAGCCGAUUGGUCACUUACCUGUCCACCGUCCCCAGUGAGGACGUGCGCAGCCGAGGCUUCACCGUGGUGGUGGACAUGCGCGGCUCCAAGUGGGACAGUGUGAAGCCGGUUCUCAGGACUCUGCAGGAGGUUUUCUCGGGGCAGAUCCACACGGCGCUGCUCAUCAAACCCGACACCUUCUGGCAAAAGCACAAGACCAACCUGGGCAGCGCCAAACUCAGCUUUGAGACGAGCCUGGUUUCGGUGGAGGGCCUGUCUCGUCUCAUCGACCCGUCUCAGUUGACCGCAGACCUGGGCGGGUCUCUGGAGUACGAUCACGUGGAGUGGACGGAGCUGAGGCUGGGGCUGGAGGAGUUCUCAGGGGCGGCGCAGCAGCUUCUGGCCCAACUGGAGCAGCUGGAGGCCGGACUCAACCGACAACCAGAGCCCCAGGACGUGGACGAGGCCCGAAAGUUGCUUGAGGAACACGGGCGUUUGAGGAACACCAUCUCCACGGCUCCGGUGGACGCUCUGGACCGAGAGGGGCGGAGCCUGCUGCAGAGGAUGCGUCUGGGCCCCUCCCACGGCGACGCUCCCUCUGAGGGGGGCGGGGCCGGCGGGGCGGGCGGGGGCGGGCGGGGGCGGGGCGGAGGAGGAGGAGGAGGGACGUGGCUGUCGGGGGGAGCGGACUUCCAGAGCGUCGCUCCUAAAGUGUCGUCUCUGUUGGAGCGAAUGCAGAGCGGAAGAACUCACCUCCUCCAACGAUGGAGCGAGAGGAAGGUCCAACUCGAACAGACGCUACAGCUGCACCUCUUCGAACAGGACGCCACUAAGAUGUCUGAGUGGAUCGCUCACAGUAAAGAGCUUUUCCUCCAGAGCAUCACUGAGGUUGGACUGAACCAUCAACACUCCCUGGAGUUACAGAGUCAACACCAGCACUUCACCGCCAACUGCAUGAACGGCAGCGUGAACGUGGACAGCGUGGUCACCGUCGCCGCCCGUCUGGCUGAAGCGGGUCACUACGGCGCCGACCGCAUCACCAAAGUGUCGUCACGGUUACAGGAGGACUGGAGCGCCCUGACCGCCGCGCUCGACCAGAGGAGCGCCACGCUCAACAUGGCCACGGCCUUUCACCUGGGGGCAGAGCAGUUCCUGUCGAAGGUGGAGUCCUGGGUGCAGUUGUGUUCUGAGGGACCUUUGCCGACCGUCUCCUCUGAGCUGGAGGCGGCCAGCAAAAAACACCAAGAACUCAACGAGGAAAUCUCAGAAAACUACAACCAGAUCAGUGAAAGCGGUAAAAUCUUAUUGGACGCGCUCCAGCGAAGUCCCGCCUCCGAGUCGGACCAAAGCGAGACCAAACCGGACUUCACCGCCGCCACACACGGCAUCAUGGCCGUCCUGCACCAGGUCCUGCAGGGCCAUCACAAAGUGGAGGGGGCGUGGCAGCACCGUAAGCUCCGCCUCCACCAGCGCCUGCAGCUCUGCGUGUUCCAGCAGGACGUCAAACAGGUGUUGGACUGGGUGGAGCAGCACGGGGAGGUGUUCCUGAACAAACACAGCGGCGUGGGGAAGUCUCUGCACCGAGCUCGAGCUUUACAGAAGAGACACGACGACUUCCAGCAGGUGGCGCAGAACACGUACACGAACGCAGAGAAGCUCCUGGAGGCGGCCGAUCAGUUGGCUCAGUCUGGAGAGUGUGAAGAGGAGGAGAUCUACCAGGCCUCGCGAGACCUCGAGCUACGGAUGCAGGCCUUUAUUCAGAAAGUGGAGCAGAGGAAACUCCUGCUGGAUCUGGCAGUGUCCUUCUACACUCACACCAAAGAGUUGUCCGUGUGGAUGGAGGGCCUGCAGAAGCAGCUCUCGUCUGAACUCUGUCCGUGUCCGGAGACGGUCGAGGCUCUACAGGCUCUGAUCAGCCAACAGCAGCAGCAGCAGGCGAACACACAGGAGGCCGCCAUGAGUGUGAUCCGAGAAGGAGAGGACCUGAUUCUACAGCUCAGACCUCAGGGCAGCUCUGUGGUCCACGUGGAGACGGUGCUGCAGCAGUUGGAGGAGGCUCAUGUUCAGCUGGAGGAACUGUUCCACCAGAAGAAGAUCCGACUCGACGUGUUUCUGCAGCUCCGAAUCCUGCACCAGUGCACGCUCGAGGUGAUGAGUGAGAUGGACGCGUGGAAGCAGGACCUGCAGAAACAGUCUCAGGAUUUCUCAUCGGACAAGACUCGGGUCUCGGAUCAGAACCAGGACAAACUGGGUCUGAGCGGGUCCAGGCUGAACGAGGCCAGUCCGGAGGCUCUGACCCUGGCCCAGCAGAGGAUCCACAGACACAUGGAGCGGCGUUUGGCCAUGAACAACAUGAUUUAUGAAGUCAUCCAACAAGGACACGAUCUGCAGCAGUACAUCACUGAAGUACAGGCCUCAGGUGUGGACCUGUCGGAGCCAGAGGGCGGGGUUCUGGCUCCUCAGGUGGAGGAGCUGCAGCGCCUCCUACAGGACAAACAGAAGGAGCUGCAGCAGAUGGCCGACCACACACACACUCUGCUCGAACAACACCUGCAGCUCCGACACCUGCAGAGCCAAGUCAAACAGGUCCUGGGCUGGAUAAACGAGGGGGAGGUGAUGUUGGCGUCGUGUUUGUUAAACUCCAGUUGUUUGUCUGAAGCUGAACAGUUACAGAGAGAACAUGAGCGCCUCCAGCAGUCCAUCGAGGGCCUCCUUCACGCUGACUCUCUGCAGAGGACCCACCAGGUGGCGCUGGCGCUGCAGCAGAGGGCGGAGCUGCUCGUGCGGUCUGGACAUUAUGACCCAGAUGCAGUGAGAGCCUGUGCCCAGACGGUGGCGCUGCACUGGCAAACGCUGAUGCUGCGAAUCGAAGACCGACUCAAACUGGUGAACGCCUCAGCCGCGUUUUACCGGACGUCACAACAGGUGUGCGGCGUGUUGGAAAGCCUGGAGCAGGAGUACAGACGGGAGGAGGACUGGUGUGGAUCAGGAGAGAGACAACCAGAGCAGCUCCUGCCCCUGAUCAACAAACACAUGGAGCAGAAGGAGGCCUUCCUCAAGGCGUGUACUUUGGCGAGGAGAAACGCGGAGGUGUUCCUGAAGUACAUCCACAGGAACAGCGUCACCAUGGCGACCAUCUCCGGACACAACAUCAGCGUCCCCGGGGCAACGGAGGUCACCGGGGGUCACUCCAGGGUCCCCGAGCAGCAGGUCAAAGGGAUUCUCAGUGAGCUGCUUCAGCGGGAGAAUCGAGUUCUUCACUUCUGGACGUUAAAGAAGCGACGUCUGGACCAGUGCCAACAGUUCCUCAUGUUCCAGUCCCACGCGCAGCAGGCGCUGGAUUGGCUGGCCCAGUCAGGUGACCAUUACCUGGCCACACACACCUCACCUGGAGCCAACCUGUCUGAGACCCAGGAGCUCCUGGACCAGCACCGCGACUUCUGCAUCUCUGCAAAGCACACUCAGGAGAAGGUUCACCUGCUCAUCCAGUUGGCCGAGAGCAUGCUGGCUAAAGGCCACGCCCACCGCACCGAGCUGCGCCGCUGCGUCUCCUCCGUCGACAAACGAUACCGAGACUUCACCGUGCGCAUGGGGCAGUACCGCCACCUGCUGGAGACGGCGCUCGGCGGCUGUGCGCAGGAUAAUAAAGACCUGGAGCUGGAGCUGAUCCCAAACAGCCUGUCAGACUCCGACCCGGAGGUGAACCUGUCCGACCCCAGCCACCAGGUCAGCGACGAGAAGAGACGCACGGCUCGCAAGAAGGAGUACAUCAUGGCGGAGCUGCUGCAGACUGAGAGAGUUUAUGUCAGAGACCUGCAGGAGUGUAUCGAGACGUACCUGUGGGAGAUGACGAGCGGCGCCGAGGACGUUCCUCCUGGACUCUGUAACAAAGACGACGUCGUGUUCGGAAACAUCCAGGACAUUUAUGAGUUCCACAACAGUAUUUUCCUGAAAGAACUUGAAAACUACGAGCAGCUCCCGGAGGACGUCGGCCACUGCUUCGUCACAUGGGCGGAUAAGUUCCACAUGUACGUGACUUACUGUCGCAACAAACCCGACUCCAGCCUCCUCAUCCAACAGCACGGGACGGCCUUCUUCGAGGAGGUGCAGAGGAGACACGGUUUGGCAAACUCCAUUUCUUCAGCUCUGAUCAAACCAGUGCAGAGGAUCACAAAGUACCAGCUACUUCUCAAGGAGCUGCUGGCCUGUUGUGAGGAGGGCAAAGGCGAGAUUAAAGAAGGACUGGACGUGAUGCUCAGUCCCAAACGAGCCAACGACGCCAUGCACGUCAGCAUGUUAGAAGGGCUGGAGGAGGGGCUGGAGGUCCAGGGGGAGCUGCUCCUUCAGGACUCGUUCUUGGUUUGGGAGCCGAAGUCUCUGAUCCGAAAAGGACGAGACCGACACCUGUUUCUGUUCGAACUGUCGCUGAUCUUCAGCAAAGAGAUGAAGGAUUCAUCUGGACGCACGAAGUACUUGUACAAGAGCAGACUGCGGACGUCGGAGUUGGGCGUGACCGAGCACAUCGAGGGAGACGCCUGUAAAUUCGCUCUGUGGGUCGGAAGAACUCCAACUUCAGACAACAAGACGGUGCUGAAGGCGGCGUCUCUGGAGCUGAAGCAGGAGUGGGUCCGGAGCAUCAGGCAGGUGAUCCAGGAGAGGAGGGGCCACCUGAGAGGAGCUCUGAGAGAACCUAUCCCCCUCCCCAAGACGCCCAACCCCACCCUGGGGAGACAGAGGAGCAUGAGCCGCAGGUACACACACACACACACCAUACACACACACACACACACACACACACACACACACACACACACGCAGUUGUCGGGCGGCUCGGAGCAGGUUGUAGUACUCCUGGACUUCAGCACGUGUGUGUCGGGGGAGCUGAGCGUGAGGUGCGGUCAGACGGUGGAGCUGGUCGAGCGGUCAGCAGACAGACUGGGCUGGUGCCUCGUCCGGACCACAGACCAACAAACACCACAGGAGGGUCUGGUGCCCAUGAGCGCCCUCUGCCUGUCACACUCGCACAGCGCCCCCGACAUGGAGGGUCUGGCCCCGCCCUCCACCACCUCCACGUCGUCCACCUCUCCCCCCGGCAGCACGGCGCCGUCCACGGCCAACGCGGGGUCACACGCGGGGAGCGCGGCGCCCCCUCCUGGAGGACCACACACCUGCAACAGCAACGGCUCCACAGCUCUGACCGGACACAGCGCCGGGAAUUCAACCAGCAACUCCAGAGCUCUGGUGUUUCUCGGUUUCUGUUUUGGUCGUGUUUCGGCGUCUCGGCGUCUCGGCGUCUCGGCGUCUCGGCGUCUCGGCGUCUCGGCGUCGCUGUGGACAUGCGCGGGGACGGGGGCACAGGUGCAUGCUGGGAUUGCUCGGUGGUUCGGCGUUGGGUUUUUAAACAGAGAGUCGGAGGUAAAGAAAGCGUACGAGCUGAUGUCCCUGGUGCCCAAACGCUGUAACGACAUGAUGAACCUGGGGCGGCUGCAGGGAUACGAGGGGAAGCUCACGUCUCACGGGAAACUGCUGCAGCAGGAGACCUUCUGCGUCUGGGAGCAGGACGGAGGAGUUCUGUCCCGCAGCAAAGAACGGAGAGUCUUUCUGUUCGAACAAAUCGUCAUCUUCAGCGAACUUCUGAGGAAAGGUUCCCAGAACCCGGGAUACCAGUACAAGAACAGCAUCAAGGUGAGUUACCUGUCGAUGCAGGACCAGGUGGAGGGGGACCCGUCCAAGUUCGUCCUCUGGUCUCGUGGUUCGGCCGAGCGCUUCACUCUUCAGGCCUCAAACGCCGCGGUCAAACAGACGUGGGUGGAGACUAUCGCCGCCCUGCUGGACGCACAGAACAACUUCCUCUCAGCGCUGCAGUCUCCCAUCGAGUACCAGAGGAAGGAGGGCGGCAUCUCCGUGACCCGCCCGCUGUCGUCAGGGCGCCCGCCGUCCGCCCCGCCCACUCCGAACGGCCACGCCCCCCAGCCGCCGCCCGACGGUGACGCGGACGACACGGAGCUGGUUCUGGUGACUCAGGACUUCGUCGCCGUUCGUGAGGACGAGAUCUCAGUGUUUCGAGGAGAGAAAGUUCAGAUUUUAGCUUCAAACCAGCAGGGCCAGAGCCUGGUUUACCGACCGGCCAACAGCGACUCCCCGGCGGCGGAGGGCUGGGUGCCACGGAGCGUGCUCAGAACACACUGACCCCUGACCCCUGACCCCGAAACUACAGGAAACAAACAAACAGAAACAAACAAAGGACCAAUGACAGGGCAAGGGCUGUUUACAUCCCACACGCAGCCGCUGGGGACAGAGACGCACCAGCAGACGAUACAAGGAGCAACACUAGAGCCUUAACGAAAAGAAAAGAUUACACUGAUUUUAUUGAUGUUGAAGCAGGGC